AUGUCGUCCAGCAACGUUCGCAGCUCUCGGUCACGCGGCUCUGGGGCUGACGCGGAGGAUCCGAGGACGCGCGGCAUUCUGCCCAACACGAGCUGCCGCAAUUUCAGGCAGCGUCUGCGCUCUGCCCGGAAAAUGAAUGUGUUUCAGGGGCUGGCCAUUGCCACGGGGGGCGUGGCACUGCUGGGCGUGCUCAUGCUCAUGGGCAUGGAUGUGGCGGCGGGUGACUCCAAUCCGGGCGCCAUCGACCGCAUGAAGGGCAUGUGGGAGUCGGCUGUGAAUUUCCUCGGGCUGCCCGAGCUGCUCAGCCGUGCGGUGGAGCAGCGUGGACGCGGUGGACGCAGCUUGGAUGACGCUGCGACGCAGCACUACUGCAAUCAGCCGCUGGACACGAAGACUCUCUUCCGGCUGAUUGGCCAGCAGGUGCUCAACCAGCAGCAGGCCCUGGCACGCAUGGAGCGCACCGUCAGGCGCCAGCGGCAGUUCCAGUCCCUCGUGCUGCUGGGUCCGCCCGGUGUGGGCAAGACGCUGACUGUCUCCGCGCUGAGCCACUACUUUCCCUGGCCGGGCAACAUCCACGCCUUCUCGGGCGCUCCCUGCUUGCCGGGCGAGGAGCGGGACUGCGCCGCGCUGCGUCAAGUGCUCGCCGAGCUGUCCGACUGCGGCACGAAUCUGCUGGUCGUCGACCACCUGGAGCCCUGCGACCACCACAUUGUGGCCAGCUACAACAAGUUCCUGCGCGACGGCCUGCAGCGCCAAUCGCUGCUGGUCCUCUACGUCAUCGACCUCGAGGUGGAGCUCUAUGGGCGGCAGUUUGAGUUGAUGCAGCGCGAGCUGCCAGCGGACACGACCAUCGUAAGCUUUCGGCUGUUCGGGCGCGAGGAACUGCGGGACUGCCUGGAGCACGAGCUGCAGCAGGAGAGCCGAGUGCUCGGACAGGACGAACAAGCGAGGAUCCUGGGCGAGGCACUGGCCAGGUCCUGCUGUGCCGGUUGCAAGGAUCUGCGGGAGAUUGUCCUGAAGCAGGGCAGAGCGGCGCAUGCCGCGGAAGACGCUGCUGCCAUUAAUUAA